AUGGAGACUCCCACCGAUUCAAGGUUCCAUUCUUCUGUAUCGACUCCAGUUAUGAAUUCGAUAAAGGAGGAAGAUUCUCCUACCUCUCCAAAGGUCGAUAUGGAUUCAUUUUUCCAAGGUAAUCAUGCUGGUCCAGAAUCACCUUUUAAUACUACUAGCAGUCCUAAAAGUAAUAAUCUGAAUAACCAACAAUCAAAACCACUCAUCAAUUCCCCAUUUUCAAGACCAAACUCUUCUUUUUACUCUUCCCAAGACGGCAAUAAUUCAAGUUCAAGUAUAAUCUAUAACCCUUCCUUUAGUUUUGGUGGGUCUGGUGGGUCUGGUGGGGCAGACACUUCAGUGUCUUCAAACAAUACCGGUGUUAAUUCUCCUGUAAUACAAGAAGGCCGUAGAGCAUCUUUGAAGUAUGUACCGACUAUUCAAUUGGCUCCUCCUCCAUUAAGAUCAAAGUCACCAAAAAGAUCAAAAUCACCUAGGAGAUCAACAUCACCAUUAAGAUCAAUGUCUCCUGAAAACCGAAAGAAAAGACUAUCGAUAAUUGGCAGUGAUUCGAAAACAUCACCUUUCAAUUUUAAUUCUUCCUCUUUGAAGCCACAACAAGGUUCUGCAGGAAAUGCAAACUCAAGAGCAUCGUUCCGUAAAGGUCACAGAUAUAAACAUUCGUCGGUUUCGAUGAAUUUCUUUCAAGAACCUGAAGUUAAAGUUCCAUUAAAUAUAGCCAAGGCAUUACCAAUACCAGAUUUUAGGGAUUUUUUAUCUAAUUUACCAUGGCCAAAAGCAUACUAUCAUUUAGGUAUUAUGGCUUCAGAGUUAGUCAUGUGUAUUACAGUUUUUGCAUUGGGUCAUACUAAAUCGUGGAGCAAUUUCAUUACAUUAUCGCAUUUCAUAGUCUAUGAUAUUAUAGGUUCAUUGGCAAUUCUUUUUGCAGAAAACCUAUCACAGUUUGAAGUCUGGUCUACUGGUACUAUAACAUUCCCGUUUGGACUGAAUCGUAUCGACGUAUUAUUAAGUUUUGGAUUAGCAAUAUCUUUAUGUUUUGUAGGGUUAGAUUUGUUAUUCCACAUUAUUGAGGAACUGAUAGUUUUAUUCGUUGAAUUUUCUAAUUCCACAGACAAUCACGACGAAUUAGCAACGCACAUUCCACAUUCACAUGGUUCGAAUAUCCAACUAGGCAGCGAAAAUGGUCUCAAACUUUGGUAUUCGACACUACUGUUGAAUUUAUUAUUUUCAUCAUUAGCAUUAUACAAGAUAUAUUACGCUAAUACAAAUUCUAAAUUAAAGACGAAAAAUCCAAUUGUUACAAUUGCCUAUACGGUAUAUUUAUUUUUCUAUCCCUUAUUAGUGAAUCGAUAUGCAAAUAUAGCGGAUUAUGUAUCUGCAUGUUUAUUUGCCGGAUUAAUUAUUAUACACGGAUUAACAAUUGUUGAAUGGACUUCAACAAUUUUAUUAAUGGGGUUCUCUACGACGUCAUUACCGUCCUUGACACUAUUGGACAUGGACGAACUGGAACAACCAAAGAGAGAGAUCGAUUCCAAGUUUAAAAGACAAGUCUCAUUGACUGAUUUGCCACAAACGAUAUCGAAUAAUGUGACGUCAUCAUCGUCAUCAUCGAAAAUUUCAGAGAAAUCCUCGACAUCAAACAAUCCAACUAUAAUCAAGUCUUUACUGAAAGAAAGGAUAGAGAGUUUAUCAGAAUUUAAAUCUAGAUGUCACCUGGAUUACAACAAUCUAUUAAUAUCAAAAGUAAACUUUCAAACGUAUAUCGUAUUAAUGAAAAUAUCCUUAAAAGGUGGUUCCAAUAACGAAGAACUGGCUCUACGACUGGCAAUAGACAAAUGCAUAAAUCAAGUCCUACCCUCAGCAGAAGCAACAAUAGAUAUAGACAUUGUAUAA